CGAGAGACCAACACUUAUUUGAAUUUGGAGAGAAAGUGAAUAAACUUUUACGACGUCUCGUAUACAAAUGUUUAUUUUCUGUAGUUGUGACAUGAAAUUACUGGGUUUCUUCGUGUGGACUUACGUGAAAUAAUUAUAAAUGCAGUGUAUUUAUACUAUAGAAAUAUUUGUUAUGAAUUAAUCUGUGUAGAAUUUAAAUUUUGAAGAAAUGUAAAAUAAAAAAAAAUGUAAAUGAAUUGGAUACAGUUAUGGAAAGUGAUGGCAACGAAGAUGCGAGUUUUGAUAUUUCAUUAAUUUCAUUACGAGACACAUUUAUAAAUGGAAGUGAAUAUUUGGAUUUGCUUUAUUUUAAUUCAAUUGCAGUUAGUAUUUCAGGGAACUGGCGAAAAUACGGCAAAAAGCACUCAAAAGCGUAUAGAUGACAGCAAGGAAGCAAUUGAAACUAAAGAUUAUGAACACAAACCAUUAGAAUUCUUAAUAAAACAUAACAAAAAUGAAGCAACAGACUACUUUUUACCCCCUGUUUUUACUGAUCAUGAAGAAAAUGAGGAAGACGAGGAAGAAGAGGGCACAUAUUUAGAUUAUUAUGACCCUAAAGAUGCUAACUAUAAAGAUUCUCCAGAUUUAGCGACAGCAAAGUCUAAUGUAAAUCAAGACAAUCUACCAUUAGACGAUAAAAUACCGCUGCACACGACAAAAGAUAAUUUGCCAAUAUUUCUAUUGGAACCGGAAAAUACAUAUGUUUUUAAAAACAAACCAGCAACUUUGCAGUGUCGUGCUGCCAACGCUUUAGAAGUAUAUUUCAAAUGUAAUGGCGUAAAAAGUCACCCCGAACAAUUUGAGUUCGUUGAUCCGCAAACAGGAGUGAGAAUAAUUGAAGGUGAGCAUAAAGUGACCAGAGAGAACGUUGAAGAGUAUUUCGGAAGCGAGAAGUACCAAUGUUCUUGCUUCGCAUGGACCAGUAGGGGGCACAUUAGAAGCCAAUCGGCCACCAUUGAGCUUGCAUAUAUAAAGAAGCAUUUCACACUGGCUCCUGAAACGCAAUUAGUGAAGCAGUACAUGCCAGCUACGUUCCGCUGCGAGCCACCUCCUGCAGCGCCAUUUGCUCAACUGUACUGGCUUAAGAACGGCGCUCCCGUAGUAGCUGAUGACAAUGUACAGAUUUCUAAGGAGGGUGAUCUGCUCAUCAAACGCGUGUCAUUAUUGGAUAUGGCAAAUUAUACGUGUGUGGCGGAGAAUUUAGCGGGAAAAAGAAUAUCGGAGCCUGCUCAGUUAAAAGUCGUUGUAAACGGUGGAUGGACUACAUGGACGUCAUGGAGCGACUGCUUCUGUUCUCGAGAAGGUCGAGAGAGGAGAUCGGGUAGACGACGAGAGAGGUCUUGCACCGCACCACCUCCUCUUCACGGAGGUCAACCGUGUAUGGGGCCAGAUGAACAGAAGACUCAAGACUGUUUGGAUUGUGAUUUAGAUUUGUAUGUCGAUGGUAUAGAUGGAUUAGCUGAUGAUUCCUCCAGUAUUUUAUUAGAUCGUUGGUCACAAUGGUCCGAAUGGUCACCAUGUGACUCCGACUGUCUUCAAGGUAGGAGACGUCAUUGCCUCAGUGGUACGAGAAAACCUUGCACUGGUACUGACUAUCAGGUUGCUCAGUGUCCGAUGUGUGUUAGAACUUCCAAGUCUGCUCUUAUUAACGAUGGGUCAUCUUAUUGGCCGCUCUUGAUGGCUUUGUCAAUUGCGUUUCUCAUAUUUAUUGUUAGUGUAAUAUUGGGAAUUAAGUAUAUGAAGAUUAAGAUGACUGAAAAUUCACCAUACGCGAAACCUCCUUCAAGUACAAAUUACUUUGGCAAUGUAAUAAAAAGGACUUUAACAAAUCAACCAGAUUUAACUAUACACGAAGAGUUUCAUACAAUUGAUUCUAGACGUACACAUAGACACAUGAGCACGUCUACUAACACACGAAAUGAACAUCUAUAUGAAGUACCACAACUGGCUAACAGUUACAUCUCCCCAAUUGACCAUGAGGUAAGGGCUGAGAGACGCAUUCAACUUGAUCGGUUCGCUUGCAAGGAUACUGUCCAGUCGGAUCGAUCUGACUCUAGUUGCUUUUUGAGUUCGGGGUCGUCAUAUGGCAAUGAAAGUAUAGAUAUGAAUCAAUCAUUAAGGAAUAAUGCUUCAGUCGAUUCUAAAUUCAUAAAUCCUAAGCAUUUGGAGACUGCUACAUCUAGAAUAAUAUCAAAUGAGGGUGGAUUGUUAAAUUUAGACAAAUGCGGUGUAAAUCUAUUCGUGCCAGAUGGGGUUGUGGAGAAAGGUGAAGAGUUAUUCUCUGUUGAGGUCACAGACGAAGACUGGAAUAGACCAAUGUUGCAGGAAGAUGAAACACAACUUAGCCCAGUUAUCCGUUGUGGACCGAAAAACUUCCAUUUCCAAAAAGGGGUGGUCCUUUCCUUUCCGCAUUGCGCGUCUCUGAAGAACACCAGUUGGCUACUAUCGAUUCUGCAGAAACCCGAAGAGAUCAACUCGAGGGAAUGGCGAAAAGUUUUAACUCUCGGCCAAGAAACACCCGGGACCCCGUUGUUUGCCCAAGUCGACCCCUCUAAAGUUUACCUGGUAUGCGAGUUCCUAAGCGACUUUGUUUUAGUCGGCCGAAGUUUCAACGGUCUAGACGCCAAGUUAUUAAAGAUUGCUCUAUUCAUCUCCAAAAGAAUGGACGAUAAUUAUUAUAGUUUGAAAGUUCAUGUGUUCAACGAUACGCCUUAUGCUGUGUACGAUUGUUUGGAAGACGAAAGGAGGGUAGGGUGUACUUUGCUCACCGAACCGAAAAUAGUUUAUUUCCAGCAGAGUUGUUCUGAUUUAUGCUUCAAUAUUCGGGAUGUGGGGGACGGAUGGAAAAUACAUUCAGGAGGUAAGUAUCAAGAGUUACCAUAUUCGGAGAUCUGGAACAUGGGCGUUAGGUCAAUGCACUGUAUAUUCGUUCUGCAGCAAACAGACUCGAUUAACUGUCUGGAACUAAACAUGUCUGUGUAUCAAAAACAGAAGCAAUCGAAUUCUGUUAAUUUCAAUCUUAAAACGAAUGAUUUGAAUUCGAAUUCCUGUAAUAAGCGUUUUAGUUAUUCGGGCGUGGAAACGAAUUGUACUGUUAAUAUUCUUGAGAACCCUUUCAAUUAUUCGUCACUGUCUAAAAAGGAGAGCCGUUACAAUUUUGCGUUUAAGAACGAUGGUGUUCAUCGACUUAACUUCACAGACAAUAACUAUAAAACUAAUGUACUGACUAAAUCUGAUAGGGUAAUAUUAUGCAAAUUAUUAGACUCCCAGUCACCUAAAGGUAAUGAUUGGCGAUUGUUUGCUGAGAAAUUGAAACUGAAUUCGUAUUACUAUUAUUUUUCUAACACAUGCUCGCCAACGGAGAAUAUUUUAAACUUGUGGUUGUGUCGUAACAACGAUGUCAAUAUGUUGGUUAAUUUGUCUAGGAUAUUUAGAGAAAUGUCUAGAAUCGACUGUGCUACUGUUGUGGAAAGGAGAUGUUAUACAAAUUAAAUUAGCUAUGUAAUUAACAAUUAUUUAUGCAAUAAUAUCGAGUCAAUACAAGCGUCUAAAAUGUAUGUUUUAUUAUCACCGAUAAUAAUUAUGUUAGUGGAAACAGACUAACUAUAUAUGUUUUAUAUAAACAGUAAUGUCAAUAUUAGCAUAUUAGUUAUAUAUGUUUUAUUGUACUCAAUAGUUAUAAUGUUAAUAAAAAUAUUUAUCUUCACUCUGAACUUUAUAUACUCUAUAGAUUCAUUUUAGUAUUCACAGUGCGUUUCUGUGAUUGUCUUUAUAAAAGAUUUAAUAAUAUUCAAUUACUUUUGUUACUUCUAAGUAGUACUUACUUUUACCACUAUUAUUUUGUUUAUCUACACGUAUGGUUAUACUUAGUAAAUUUUAGUGUAAGAAAUAUUUAGAGCUUUUACAAUAAAUCACACGUUUUCAAUUGUCUACGUUGGUUGGCCUAUUCUAGUCUGUUUAUUAUAAAGUGCUUAAAGAUUUAUAGAAUAUAUUAUUAUAUUAGUUGUAUAUAAUUAUGUAACAGAUGUAUUGUUUAGAUAAGAGAAAUUAUAUUAUAAGGU